CUUGCAGAACCUAUGCCCCGGGCAGGUGCUCGACUCGACGCUGCUUUUAUUUUGAAGGCAACUCCCUGUUACAUCCGGCGUUACUCACGCUAACUCCGACAGAGCCAUCCGCUGUCGGUGAGCAUCAGCCAAACAUUAGCUUGCUGAGUAGCUUUGGGCCAAACUCCCCGCAAACUGGUCUCCGAUAACCCAUGAGCCGCAGAAGGAUUCACAGUUUCGCCGAAACGAGCCCGUCUCCCCCGCUCCACGGCGCCUCCAUGGAGCCUUCCGGGCCGUCGAGCCGAGCGGACGGCGAUUUCCUGGCGAUGGAGCCCGACGAGGAGCUGCUCUGCUCGGUCGGCGACAUCACCGAGCACCUCGGUCGGAACAUCACCGUGGUGCUGGAGACCGCGCUGUCGGAGAUCCGCAAGAUGGUCAGCAUCCGGAUACGAGUCCUGAAGACGGAGCUGCGCGACAAAACCGAGGAGGUCGACGCGCUGCGGGCGCGACUGGAUACCGUGCAGCGGGACGGCAGGGACCACUUCCCCGGCGGCGCGACCUCGGACUCGUCCGCCGAGGCGGGCCACAAGAGACCCGACGGCGGCUCCGGGGCGAAGCACGGCAACGCCGACCCCAGGCGGGUCAAAACGAUCGUGCCCGGCGUGAAGAAGGAGAACAUCGACGCCAUUUGUGACUACCUCAUGAAGGACAAGAACUCGAGAGGUGGCCCGGAAAUGGACGGGGACCACGGCAGCCAGACCGGCGACAGGGAGAUGCGCCAAGAGCAGGACGCGCACUCGCUCAACCUGUGGCCCGACAGCGGGAUGGCCGGCUCCGAGUCCGGACACGGGGACUCCGAGUCCACCACGGACGACAUCUUCGCUAUGCUCCCCUCCGGCAGCAAACGAAUGUACGACUACGAGUGGAUCACGCCGAUCGAGUACUCGUCCGACCUGAAAGUGAUGAAGGCGCCGGAGUGUGAGAACACCCUGACUGGCGAGACGGAUAAUGAUGAUGACGACGAUGACGAUGAUGAAGACGAGUCGUCGAGGAGGGAGGAGGGUGGACUUGACCAGGCCCAGGUUCCGCUCUCACAUGUCCCGCCCCCUGACUUCUCCAUGGAUCCCCAGAGCUCCUCACGGGAGGGAGGGAGUCCCCUGGAGGGCAAAACAGACAGGCCUGAGACAGGUCAGCAGUUCCCCGGUCACACCUACAUCUGCUCUCUGUGUGGAACCUUCUGCCCUGACUCUGUGUUCCUGGAAGAACAUAUUAAACUGAUACACUCAGACUCCACUGGUGCCCAGACUCUCCAGGCCCUGCAGUCCACCUCAACCGCGGUACCCACUAUGGGGAACAGCAGCAGUGACUCCUUGAGGGCUGAAAGAGAGCAGAGCGAGGAUGGCACACAACCUGGGGCUGGAGGCGGGAUCAGUCGGGGACGAGGACUUGUGAAAAAGGAAAUAAAAAUUGAGGGGGGUUAUGAGUGUGGGGACUGCGGCCGCCAUUUUAACUAUCUCGGGAACCUGCGACAGCACCAGCGCAUCCAUACCGGGGAGAAGCCCUUCAUGUGUCCAGAGUGUGGGGAGAGAUUCCGACACGCAGCCCGGUUAAAGAGCCACAGGCUGGUGCACAGCGGAGCGCAGAGCCCCUUCCCUUGCCCCCAGUGUGGCAAAGGUUUCUCAGUGCUGUCUGGACUAAAGAGACACCAACGGGUGCACACUGGUGAGAGCCCGUACGCCUGUCCUCAGUGCGGACGGCGCUUUAAGGAGCUUGGGAACCUGUACACCCACCAGAGGAUUCACAGCGGGGCCACGCCUUACUGCUGCCAGCAGUGUGGACGUAGUUUCCGUCACCUGGGGACAUACAAGAGCCAUCGCUGCAAUGCAGCACCAUAAGCAGAAAUUGAAAGGACGUGUUUUCUGGCUCUGAGGUGUGUGUCUUCAUUGUGUGGCCGUCUGAUGUCACUGUGGGAGAACAAUGCUGGAUUAUCUGAGAUGCAGCCCAACCUUUCAUGUUUUGUAACAUUCAUGGCAUUUCUCCUCAGGCAUCAAGAAACACUGUGUCAUUGAGCUUGAUGGUUCAUUACAGACUCUCUGGAAACAGUCUCAACUCAAAGUUUUACUUACUUAUUGAACAGCUUUUAUUGGUAUCACACACUCACAACUGAAGUCUGUUCAGUUGUCAUUAAAAAAAGUUCUUCAUGAUCUUGUCACGCUGACACUGUUAAAAAUUCCUAAAAGUCUGAGCACCUACAGUUCUGUUUUGGUUUUACAUGUUUCAGACACCCAUUCUCUAUCAUUUGGAUUUGCCUGAAAGGAUAGUUUUUCUAUCAUUUCUAUCUGUUAAGAUAACCCCCAUUUCAACAAAGUCAGAAUUGGCAUACAUACAAACCAUCAGUCGGGAAACAAACCAAUGACACACUAUCUAAACCACUUUAUUUGGUGGCCAAACUGUGAGAGAUAAGAGGGUUUUGUUAGCCAGUUCACUUAUUAAAUAAAAGAUUGUUUGUGCUGAGACGGCCAAUGGAGUGGAAAAUGGUUAGCUUUUGUAAAGUGAUUUUAAAAUAGAAUACAUGAUUUUGGAAAAAGUGCCCAAUUAAUUGGUAGUUUGAGAAUCCUUGCCACCGUCACGUGGUUUGAGUACAAUAGGAGCUACCAUACAAAAUAAUGAAGCAAGUUACAUACAAGAGAGACUAAACAAGAAAGCUUGGUGAAACACAGCAAUGAAAUGGUAUUGAAUAAAUGUUUGUCUCGAUCAAUCCAUUUAUUGAUUUACACCUUGGUCCCCUGAGACUCUAGUACCCCCUUCAUGACCCCUCACUCUCUGGAGAAAGAUGGAUAUGUACGAGUAGUAGGACAUCAUCACCUUCAUGUGGACCAUUUGUGUAACUGCAACAAAAAAAUAUCUUAUGCCUCAUAUGAUAAUGCUAAUUGUCUUUCACCAUGAUACUGUUUUGGUGCUAUGUGUAGUGCAGAAAGUUUAUCAUAAAAUUAUUAAAAAGUGUAAUCCAAUGUUACAGACUAUAAAUUGGCUAUUUUAUGUUUGCUUGUAUGAUGACUAAAAUUGUGUAAUGGUUGAAAAAACAUACUUGUAGGAAAUUCAAAUCACAAGUAUCUGGUGGUCUGGUUUGAUCUCGUUUCCUCAUUUGAUCUGAUUUAGUGAAAGACCAUUAGAAAAACUGUCCCAUUUUACUGAAGCUUGUCUGAAAAAAUGACUUUCUUAACACUGGAAGACAAAAGGCAGACUAAGCAACUUAUCCAAACAUGUGGAAGCUAAAAGCCAACCAUUGAAAAUCUGCUCUCUAAUAAACAGUUGUCUUAAAUUCA